AUGAGACGAACAUCGGUCUCGCUGCCGACGAGAAACGUAGCACACGAUCCCCACGAGAAGGCCGCUCGAUACAGUACUAGAGGCGCAAGUAACAGCGCCGCCGCCAAGCUGGAGAAUAUCAAAACCGCCUGGAUGACGCAAAGUCAGCGGUCCAGAUACCUGAAGACAGGGGGUCUUCUCCUCUUCAUCGUCUUUCUGUUCUACUACCUCUCCUCGGGAGUAGAUGGCGGAGUAUCAUCUAUAAGUGUUGGUGGACAAACGGUAUCCGAUCCGAAAGCUGCGACGACAAAGUGCUUGAAGUCCAGCGAUAAAUCGAAGCCCCUGGUCCAAUAUGCCCUCAUGAUUGAUGCUGGCAGCACUGGCUCGCGAAUUCACGUGUACAAGUUCAACAACUGUGGCUCUACACCCGAGCUUGAGGAUGAGGUAUUCAAGAUGACAGAGAAGAAGACCGGAGGUUCAGGAUUGAGUUCGUUCAAGACUGAUGCUGAAGGCGCUGCUCAGAGUUUGGAUGUCCUUAUGGACACGGCAAUGGCAUCUGUACCGGACAGCUACAAGAGCUGCACACCCGUUGCAGUAAAAGCGACUGCUGGACUUCGUCUGCUUGGCCCAGAAAUGAGCCAGAAGAUUUUGGACGCCGUGCGCAAUCGAUUGGAGACGAAAUACCCGUUCCCCGUUGUUUCUAAGGAGAAUAAUGGCGUUGUUAUCAUGGAUGGCAAGGACGAGGGUGUUUACGCUUGGAUUACAACCAACUAUCUCCUUGGAAAGAUUGGAGGCCCCGAUCCUACCGGGACUGCCGCUGUUUUCGAUCUUGGUGGUGGAUCUACUCAAAUCGUUUUUGAGCCUACUUUCAAGGGCGCUGUGCCUGAGAAAAUGGCCGAAGGCGAUCACAAGUACAAGCUUACCUUCGGUGGAAGGAACUUUGAGCUGUACCAGCACUCUCAUCUUGGAUAUGGCCUAAUGUCGGCCCGCGAAGCUAUCCACAGAACCCUUAUUGAGGACAUCCAAUCAACAAACCCCAUUGAUCCUGCUUGGACCUCAAAGCCGAUCAUCAACCCUUGCAUUGCUCCGGGCAUGGUUCGUCCAGUUGAUGUCAAGCUCCCAGAUGGUCACCCUCUUGGAGGUUCGGUUAGCGUGAACAUGACCGGCCCAUCAUCCCCAGCUCCAGCGCAGUGUCGCAAGCUUGCCGAGAAGAUUCUCUACAAGGAGAAGGAGUGCAGUCUUGCACCUUGCUCUUUUAAUGGUAUCCAUCAGCCAUCCCUCGAGAAGACAUUCUCCCAAGAAGAUGUCUACGCUUUCUCCUACUUUUACGAUCGUACCGAUCCUCUCGGCAUGCCAGAGUCUUUCACUCUCAAGGAACUUCACCGCCUCACCGAGCAAGUAUGUGGUGGAGAGCCUCACUGGGAUGUGUUCCAGAGCGUGCCAGAUGCGAUCAAAGAGCUUCAGGAUCGCCCUGAGCACUGCCUUGAUCUUAACUUCAUGUUGGCACUUCUCCAUACCGGAUACGAAAUGCCCAUCGACAGAGAGAUCAAGAUUGCGAAGAAGAUCAAGGGUAACGAGCUUGGAUGGUGUCUUGGUGCAAGUCUUCCUCUUUUGAGCGCCGGUUCAGGAUGGACCUGCCGCAUCAAAGAAGUUUCAUAG